AUGAUUGAAUGGAUUGGAAAAUGGAAGUUAGCCAUUUGUCCGAUAACCAAACAAUUCAAUAUUUUCGGAUUUUGCUGUGCAGUUACUAGUUUUAAUAAUUAUGUGGCCACCUGUAAUUAUUUAGUGGUUAAUACGUGUUGUAAUUUUUUACACACUGGUUAUAUUUUUGUUUUCAUCCAUGUUGAAGUAUCGAUGUUGAAUGAUUGCGUCAUGUAAAGGGAUACACACAGAAAGGAUUCCUAAAAAUAAUCAGAAUAGUUAAAUUUUCCUUUAUUUUAUCAAAGAGAAAUGGGUAUCAUCGCUAAAUAAUUCAUAAUGGAAGGAGAGGAGUUCAACCUCCAAUGGGAGGAAGUAGAAAUAAAGCACAGCCCUGGUGCUGUAGUGGAAUCAGAAGAAGUAAUGUGUAGCCUUGAAGCUCAAGGUUCAUCAUAUGAUAAUACAGCAUCUGAAGAGAUGAUAGCUGAUACAGAUCAAAUGGCAGCAGAGAAUUUGAUGUACUUGGCCCAAGAUGUAGUGAGUUACACAGAAACUGCCGAGCUAGCUGAUGAUCCUAAUGUAGAGUGUGUCACUGAAGAAGUCAUCACAGAUGAUUGGGUCAUACCUGAUGGUCAAGAGAGGGUGGAGGUACAAUUAGACCAAUUAGCAAUGCCUGUUCCAGAUAUCAAGGAGGAAAAUGAACUUGAUGUUCCCUUACCAACAGAUCAGGAUGAAUACACUGCAAUGCGACCAUGGCCUUGUGAUUUCUGUUCACGCCGGUUCCGCAAGAAAGCAGCUCUUAUGAAUCAUAUGGUUGCGCAUCAGAACGAUCGGCCGCAUGCUUGCAAUUUGUGUGGUGUCCGCUAUGUGCGCAAGUGUGAUCUCAUGAACCACCUUAAGGUUCACGCCUUUGUGCCUGAUAAUCACGACGCCGUUGACUAUGAAAUUUUAGAUAAUAAUCAAGUAAUCAAACCAAAGAAAAAGAGAGGGAGGCGAAAAAAGAAUCCAGAACCAGUAGAGAACGGUAUGUGGGAGAACAUGACGUCAGCACGGACGCAGCAGUGGUCGCGACGCGCGCGUUCUUCACCGAAGCCGCCGCCCACCCCACCUUCACCCCCCUCCCCUCCGUCUCCCCCCUCCCCGCCCCCGCCCCCUUCUGAUCCCUCGCGGCCAUUUGUCUGCAGACACUGUGGCGUCGGGUUCGCCAGGGAGAAAGCGCUGCAGUCACACGCUAGGGUUCACGGUGGCGAUUCGCCAGUGGAGUGCGGUGAAUGCGGCGAGCUGUGCUGGUCGCGCGAGUCUCUGGCGUCGCACGCGGCGCAGCGACACCCGCACUUGCCGCCACGCUCGCGCCAGCAGGAGACGCCCUACCAGGACUCGGACGAAGACGACGACAUGGACUACCAGAUGUCGCCGCCGCCGGUAGUCGAGCGUAUGUUCGAGAACGUGCGCGGGCCGGAGCUGUUCUGCCAGGACUGCGGUGUUGCGUUCCAGCGCGCCGAUCUGUUGCGGCGGCACGUGGCCGCGGCUCACAGUUAUAAAAGGCACGACAGCAGCAGCAGUACGUGGGGCGAGCACACGUGCGACGUUUGCGGCGAGAGCUGCACGGACGCGCUGCAGCUGCUAGCGCACGCCGAGCGACACGCGGACCGACCGCGGACGCACGCUGCCCCGCCUAGGUUAAAAAAAACGACGCGUGGCAGAAACAACUUGUCAUCUUCGGGUUCGAGACAGUUCCCUUGCAGAGAGUGUGGCAAAGUGUUCGGGUCUCGGAGUUCUCAGCAGAUCCAUAUAAGAAUCCACACCGGUGAGCGACCCUACGCUUGCCGCUUCUGUUGGAAAGCGUUCGCCGACGGCGGCACACUACGGAAACACGAACGAAUACACACAGGCGAGAAACCGUAUGCGUGUGCCGUGUGCCCUCGAGCGUUCAACCAGCGUGUCGUACUGCGGGAACACGUACGCUCGCACCAUUCAGCGCCUGACCGACGAGCUAACGGAGGCCCAGCCUUUAGCUGCGUCGUAUGCGGGCGAACGUUACAUUCCAGUGGAGACUUAGUGGCGCACCUAAUACAACAUUGUGACGCAAAUACAGCGUUAAAACGACAGCCACAGACUGGCCCGCGCAAGUACAAGCGGCGGCGGAAGAUAAAGACGGAGAGCUCGCCGACGCGCGACUGGGGAUCCCGCUCCCCAUCCCCCCUCCCCCCGGCGUCCUCCCCGCCCGCCGCCUCCCCCGCACCCGAGCCCGCGCCCAGCCCCACCCCCAGCCCCUCGCCCUCCCCGCCCGUGCCAGCGCCCGCGCCUCGCCGCCGCAGGAGACGCGCGCCCCCGGCCCCGCCCGCGCCGCGCCCGCGCAUGAUACACACGGAGGGGCCGCGCCCGCGCACCAAGCAGCAGGUACGCCAGCGGAGGCCGCCUCGCCACCCGGCGGACGACUUGCGUGCGAUCCGACCGCCUUCACCCGUCGCCGGGCGCCGCACCGCCCCCGGCCCCUCCCCUCCCCCCGCGACCCCGUCCCCCUCCCCCUCGCCGCCCGCGAGCCCGUCCCCGCCCCCCUCCCCGCCGCGGGCGGAACCGGGUGCCCCGUUCAAAUGCGAGAUGUGCUCGCUGGAGUUUCCGCGCCGCAAUGAUCUACUGCUACACGUGCCCGUGCACAUAUGACGGAAGACUGCGCGGAAGCGGAACCGCACCGGGCGGAAGACGUGAAUCACUGCACUCCAAAUAAUGAAGUUGGUACCAGGCCGUGCGACUGAAAUUUUAGUAACGAGCAACUAUGUCUUUACCACGAGUUGUUUAGUGCAUUGUUAUAUUGAUUCUCUGCGCCGUGGACGCGUCUCGGCUAAUCUAGUUGAAAUAAUAAAGGUAAUGUUGAUGAUGUGUUGCUGAACGAUAAGUGGUUUGCAAUUGCAACCUCGAUCCUCGUACAAACUUUUCGCCUUGUGUGAGGUACGCCCUACCAGUAUUGUCAUCGGAUCCUGUAAGAAAUGGCCCAUAUUGAUUGGUCGGUUUAAUUAAAUUGCGUUCCGUGAAAAAACUGAUUUUGGACUCUUCAAAUUAUUGUAGAUAUAUUACAGAUUAUUAUAUUAUACAAUUCGACUUGUUUACUAUAAUGAGGCCAAAGAAAGAAUGCGAUCCUGACGGGUCGUGUCAGUCUCUUAUGGCAACAGAAUAGGCCAUUUGACACUAUGAAAAAUAAUGUACCAAUUAUUGGCAUAUUUUUAAACAUGAAUAUUGGGAGUGAUCACUAUUCUGAGAAAAAAAGGUAGUUGAUAAUAUUACUAAAAAUAAAAAAGGUUUUUUUUAUUGUCACUUGAUUAAAAUGACGGCACCUGCUUGUAGACGUGCUGUGGAUUUUUUUAUAGAGUCAUAGAGUCACUAUACACUAAUAAAUAACAUAUGAACCCUUUCAAACACUUGUCAAAUAGCCUAUUAGAGUUUACUUUCGGACCCCCUUUUUUACGAGAUCGAGAGAAGACAAAUUCAAACACUUCCUUCUGUUCAUUUAUGGAACUGACUCGACCUGUCAGGAUCGUACUUUCGUUGGUCUCACUUAAACGAUAUUUUUAGAGAUACAUGUCAAAGAUACAGUACCCAAGAGUUUAACUAAAAUAAAAUGACUUUGAUAUAUGUAUUUAAAACAUUUCUUUUACUAAUAUUAUAGUCAAAAGUAAGGUAAAUAUUUGCGAAUCCCUAGUUAAUAUGACCUUCCUUUACCUUCAAUAGUAGCUACUACUAUGGACCGCUCGUAUUGGAAUAGGGGUUGCCAGCCGUUCUGG